AUGGAUCGAUUGACGAAGAUGAAACAACAAAAAUUACAACGUCUGUCGAACGAACAAAUAACAAGGAAGCUACUGAAGAGAUCAAUCGACGAAGCCAGUGUACGAUUGAUGAGCCGAUCACAGCUGUUAGAAACGUGGGCAACAAUUUUGGCGGACAGCGCUGAUUCUCCAUGCAGUGUUGCGGCGGAGGGCGCUGUGUCGAAAGAUGCUGAAGGUGGAUUGACCUUAUACGAAAGGAAACAGUUAGAAAUGGAGUAUAGGCUUCGAGAAGCGGAGAUUGGUAGACAAAGAGAAAAAGAUGAGAGGGAAUAUAAGCUCAAAGAAGCAGAGAUGGCCAGACAGCGUGAAAGAGAUGAAGCAGAGAUGGCCAGACAGCGUGAAAGAGAUGAAGCCGAAUUCAGGCUUAAGAGUCAAGAAUUAGAAAUUCGACGACUAGAGGUAGAAGGUAUGAAUAAUCGAAAAGUGGCCAAUGAUGCUAGUGAGGAUAAUAACACGAUAAAACUAAUGCAACAGACUCGAUUUUUCGCGGAGUCGUUAAAACAUCUGAUAGGAACGUGUCCGUUAGAGCCAAGAGAUAUUCCUGCAUUCUUUGAACACGUAGAGAAAAUUUUUCGAAACUAUCACGUAGACGGAGAAAUUAAAGCCAAUUUGUUGAUAAUGAGUUUGAACGAAAAGGCCAAAACGUGGUUACAUACUAUUUCCGCCGACGGUCUGAAGGAUUAUAGCGAAAUUAAAAGACUCAUUCUGCAGGAGUUCAGGUUAAACCCGACAAAAUUGAGAGAUGAAUUCUUUGCCCUGAGAAGACAGAAAAGCGAAUCGUACACGAGUUUCGGGGCGAAAUUAUACGGCACGCUGAACCACUAUUUUCAAAGCCGUAACAUUACGGGAUUAGAAGAUGCAAUGAAAUUGAUAUGUGCAGAUAGAAUGAAAGAGUUGCUAUCAAGACAUACUCUGGAAUUUAUUUUGUCACAAGAGCAAGCAGCUUCCUGGAUGAGUCCUGACGUGUUGGCACAAACGAUCGACAAAUAUGAAACUGCCAUGAACAUGAAAGUUUCGAGCGACAAUACAUGUAUGCCGGAGAGUAUCAAUCAGAUACAAUCAUUUCGAGAAAAUGAGCACCAGAUGUAUAGAAGUAGCAACAACAAAUCAGCUUCACCCAAACAAACCUGCUUUUCUUGCGGGAAGAUUGGUCAUAUUGCAAAGCACUGUACAUGGAAAAAUAGAAUUACACCUACGGCCACUAGAAACGUCAUGCGCUGUGAGACGGACAAAAAAACGCAGAGACCAGUUGAAAUCGAAUCACCAAUAAGAACAAAGGAAGAAGUUGACAAACCCGAUUUAGAAGAGACGGGAAGUAGGGAUAGCGCGGUUGCUGAAAAAUCAACACUCCUUGAAGAACAACUAGCGUGUGAAUCAUUAAAAAGGCGUUGGAGGUAUGUCUAUAUAGUCACAUAUUAA